AUGGCUAUUACAGGUUACUUCCUCGACCAGGAUUUGAAUUACUGUGAAGUUCUUCUUGGAUUUGAGCAUCUUUACGGAUCACAUACUAGUGAGAAUCUAAGUAAAACUGUGAUUCAGCUUCUGGCCAAUCAUGGGAUCACCGACCGCGUAUUAUCUAUGACCACAGAUAAUGCAACUAAUAAUAACUCCUUAAUGCUGAAUGUCCAAGAGACUAUCCAGUCACAAAGUCGAUCGGAUACCUUAAUCUUCCGAGUCCCAUGUAUUGCGCAUGUGAUCCAAUUAAGCUUAAAUGAGCUUCUUAGGAAGCUGAAAGUGACACCACAUAAUAAAGAGAUUGAGCUUGAGUGGUCUGAUGAACGAACCCACUCGUUUCAGACUAAACGAUCUAGCUCAUCUAAACAAAUUACGGAUACAUUGAAGAAGUUUAAGAUCCGAGGUCUAGCAGUCUUUAUCAAUACAAGCCCACAACGCCGGGAGGCAUUUAUGGCUCUGCAAACCAAGGAGUCUCCUUUAAUCCCUAUUCAGGAUAUCCAAACGCGAUGGAACUCAAGCUUUAUGAUGCUCAAUCGGGCCAAAAGGCUACAGCCAUUCUACGAUCAGUAUUGUACAGAUCAUCAAUAUCUCCACUUCAAACUUGAUCACGAAGAGUUGCGGCAGAUUGAAUAUCUUCUUCUUCUUACAAAGCCUUUCUUUGACUUCACCAACAUGUUAUCAAAGACCAGAGAUAUUACUACACAUAAUAUCUAUAGUAUUUAUAACAAGCUUUUCUCUCAUCUUAAUGAAGCUAAGACAACGAUUCUUUUCCCAUCAAAGAAACUUCGAUAUUUUACAUCAACAGACUGGCAAGGUGAAAUUGACUACGUGAAACACUAUCAUGGAGUCCUUAAGCGAGAGUUUCAUCAAUACAAAGAGAUACUUCGCCGUGAUUCAGAUACUGUGGUCUUACAAGAUGCCACUAGAGAGGCCCUAGAUGACGAUGAUUAUGAUCUCGAUGCUGCUUAUGCUUCUCAAAAUCAGCCACAGGAAGAGCUCUCAAAGUCUGAAGACGACGAGAUUGCGAGGUAUCUUUCCCGGGGAAUUGAGAGACAGAAGCCCCGAGCAUUCUGGAAAGAGCAUUAG